AACAGUUGAAAGAGGAAACUGGUGGAAAAAAGGAAAAUGUUAAAAUCCGCCAUCUUGCUUCUCUUCGGAUCUGCCCUCCUUACGAAUGUUUGUGGGGAUGAAGACGACAUAUACAUGGAUUUCUUGACGGAAUCUAAUCAUCGGGAAAUCCCCGAAAUGACCGUACCACAGCUGAUAAAGUAUUGGGGAUAUCCUGUAGAGGAGCAUUGGGUAACUACAGAGGAUGGAUACAUUCUUGGUCUGCACAGGAUACCGUACGGUAAAGAUGGAUUAGAUGUACAUGAUGAACCUAGACCUGUUGUGUACAUGCAGCACCCCCUUACUGCGUCAUCAGGAGCUUGGGUGUUUGGUCCUCCAACCAAAUCCCUGGGAUUUAUUCUAGCAGAUCAGGGUUAUGAUGUAUGGAUGUCUAACAGUCGAGGAAACACAUAUUCAAGAAAUCACACAUAUUUGGAUCCUUGUGCACUAGAAAGAUGUAAGGAGUUCUGGGAUUUUGAUUGGCACGAAGGAGGUCUUUAUGAUGUCUCUGCUGGUAUUGACUUUGUUCUGAAGAGUACAGGAAUGGAACAAGUUAACUAUAUUGGACACAGCAUGGGAACAACGCAGUAUCUUGUUCUUUUAUCUUCGAGGCCUGAAUAUAAUGAGAAGAUAAAACUUGGUGUUCUUCUGGCUCCUCCAGCAUAUAUGAGCCAUGCAUCCAACCCUAUAUUUUUAGAUAAAACUUGGUGUUCUUCUGGCUCCUCCAGCAUAUAUGAACCAUGCAUCCAACCCUAUAUUUUUAGAAUAAAACUUGGUGUUCUUCUGGCUCCUCCAGCAUAUAUGAGUCAUGCAUCCAACCCAAUAUUUGAUAUUGCAGUCUGGGCUGGAGACGUAGAGAUUCUGUAUCAUUUGUUUGGAUUUUAUGAAUUUCUUCCACACUAUGAUAUUAUUUCAUGGUUUGCUCACAGUUUCUGUGGCGAUGAACAUCCAUUGACGAGUAUUCUUUGUACCAACAUUGGUUUUCUUAUCCUUGGCUUCAAUCCAGGAGAGUUGAAUGGUACUAUGAUACCUACCUACCUGGACCAUAUACCUGAAGGUACCUCAACAAGAACUUUUACCCACUAUGCUCAACUCUUUCUAUCAGAAAAUUUUGAGUCCUAUGAUUUCGGUGAAGCAGAAAAUCUGAGAAGAUAUAAUCAGACGACACCAUUGCAAUAUCAGCUAGAGAAGGUUACUGCUCCAACAGCUAUAUUUAAAGGAGACCAUGACAGUUUAGUCAGCUUAGAUGAUGUUGAGAUCCUAGUGAAUAGAUUACCGAAUGUUGUGUUUGAUCAUCUCGUUGAAAUCACUGGCUGGACCCAUACAUCAUACAUCAUAGCUACUAACGCUGACCAGCUGAUUUAUAAAUAUGUUGUUGAUUUGUUAGAGGAAUAUUAGAUCAUUAAAUUGGAAAGGAAUUGA